GUUUUUGACGUUUUAAUCAUGAAUCAUCAUCAAAAUUCAUCAGUUUUUCAUAAAAUCAUCACAAUUCAUCGUUUUAAUGCAGAAAUCCACGGAAAAUCAUGUUUAUUCGUCUUAUAACAAUUUUAUUUCGGAGUUACAAAAGAGCUUAUCCAUUCAACAUGAGACUCGUGCACGGAGAUGAAAGUCGGAAAGUUUUGGUGCUUUACACUGGUGGAACCAUUGGAAUGAUGCGAAAUGUUGAUGGAGUAUAUUCACCAGCUCCAAAUGCUUUUAAACAGAAAAUUCAUUCGUUGCCUGAGUUGCACGAUGAGUUUUUAGCCAAAAAGCUCUACGAUGGUAACGUCCCGGAAGGACAUUAUGUUGUGAACGGAGCGCCAUCUACUAAAAACGUGAUAACCUAUAUGAUCAAAGAAUACAAUCCAUUGUUGGACAGCAGUAAUAUGUCUAUUGAUGAUUGGACGAGGAUUGCUACUGAUAUUUAUCAAUCUUACCAUGACUAUGACAGUUUUGUUGUUCUUCAUGGAACGGACACAUUAUCCUACACAGCAUCAGCGUUGAGUUUUAUUUUGGAAGGACUAAAUAAAACCGUAGUUGUAACAGGAUCACAAAUACCUAUUUUCGAACAGCGCAGUGAUGCCAAAGACAAUUUCCAUUCGGCGCUGGUCUUCGCCGCGUGCUAUAACAUCCCAGAAGUUUGCGUGUGCUUCGCGAAUCAAUUGUUUCGAGGAAACCGGACGUUGAAAUCCAGCUCGAAUAUGCUCAACGCGUUCAGCAGUCCUAAUUAUCCUUGUUUGGGCAAAGUUGGUAUAAGUUACAAAGUGCAUAAAGAAUACAUCCUGAAACCAGAAUAUUCAAAUUUUGAUUUAAAACUACAUAAUACCAUGAAUCAUAAUGUUGGAAUUUUAAAUAUUUUCCCAACAAUAACUGCUACAAUGUUAGAAGGAUUUUUAGGAUCAACUCCAAGAAUGGAAGGUGUUAUUUUCCAAAGUUACGGCAUAGGUAACAUUCCUACUGCAAAUGAAGACUUAAUGGACGUUUUGAGAUGCGCUGUUCAAAAUGGCGUCAUUAUCGUCAACGUAACCCAAUGCAUACAAGGAACAGUUGCUGCCACCUAUGAAACUGGCAAGGCGUUGGAAGAAAUUGGCAUUAUACCAGGCUAUGACAUGACGUGCACAGCGGCGUUGGCCAAACUCUCCUACGUGCUGGGCCUGAAACACCUCACGUUGCCAGAGAAGAAGAAGUUGAUGACGACGAAUCUACGUGGAGAAUUGACACCUCAUUAAAAUCAUUUCAUUUUUAUAUUCUCAUAAGUCUUUUAUUUAAUUUUUAAGUAAUUUGUAUGAUUGCGUAUCAAUUUCGAUACAAUUUUAAUCGUACAUGUGUAAGAAUUACAAGUUACGUUUGGGCUUAACUUACAUUUUAAGUAUUAAACACAUUUAUGUUGUU